AUGGCUUCUAAAUGGAAUCAGCAUGUUCCUGACCAGGACCUCAAGAAAGAGACUGGCAGAGACUCCAACGAAUUGACCAGACACGAAACCGUCUCUUCGUCAGACUCUGGCGACUCUCGUGUUUUGGGAAAGUCGUUUGGUAUUAGAAAACAGGAGCUUAUGAUGGCCCAGCUUGACUCGGUGCCGCUUAAGUUUUUCCAUUUUUUUGGUAUUUUUAUUGGUAUGUAUGUCUCCUUGAUGGAGGCCAAAUCCACCAAUGUCUUUGUUGGUUAUGCUACCAGUGAGUACAAACAGCACUCGCUCAUGUCCACCAUCCAGCUUAUUAGACUGGUGGUUGCAGCCAGUUCGUUGCCUGCUUUUGCUAGAUUGUCAGAUAUUUUUGGUCGUUUUGAGCUUUUCUGUUUUGGCUUGGUUUUGCGUAUUGUUGGUCUUGUGGUGAUGUCCCAGGCCACUUCUAUUGAUAAGUACGCUGGUGGUAUUGUUCUUUACGGUGCUGGGUUCGCUGGUGCCAGAAUCUUGUUCCAGAUCAGUGCCCAGGAUGCUUCUACUUUACGUACUAGAUUGUUGGCCAUUGCUGUGCUCAGUUUGCCUGUUGUCAUUACUACCUGGUCCAGUGGAGAGGUUGUCAAGUCUUUGUUGGACCGUUACCACUGGAGUUUUGGUAUUGGUUUGUGGGCUUUCACUUUCCCACUCUCGUGUGUGCCCUUCUUGUGCUCUUUCCUUUACUUGAAGUGGAAGGUCCACAAGCUUCCAGAAUGGAAGAAGUUGUGUGAGGAGGAAAGGGAUAGCCAGGUGGAAAUGAAAGAAGCCCGUGAAGCUCACAAGAAUACCAUCGAAAACGGUGGUUCCAAGGUCAAGGCUAACCUCGUGUUGGCUUGGGAAUACACCAAGUUCAGAACUGUCCAGACGUUCUGGCAGGUGGAUAUCGUUGCAUGUUUCUUUAUCAUUGCCAUCUUUGGUCUUAUCUUGGUGCCCUUGACGUUGGCUGGCGGUGCUCAUACCACUUGGCAGAAGGCUUCUACUAUUGUCCCAUUGGUCUUGGGAUUCUGUCUUAUUCCACUCUUUGUCUUGUGGGAAACCAAGUGGGCUAGGAUUCCAUUGAUUCCAUUCCCCUUGUUGAAAGACCGUGGUGUUUGGGCCGGUUUUGGUAUUGGUGUGAUGAACACUUUUGCUUCUGGUAUCCCAGGUGCCUACGCUUACGCUGUGCUUUUGGUUGGAAUGAACGCUUCCGAGGUCGUUGCUACUCGUACUCCCCAGUUGAGUGGUUUUGUUUCUGCUAUAGUGUUGCCAAUUCUUGGUUUGGUGAUUGUCAAGGUUAAAAGAACCAAGGGCUUUAUUCUUUUCGGUGUUUGCGUCUUGUUCGUUGCUAUGGGCUUGUUUGUUCACUUCAGAGGUGAUAACGAUGGCGUUAGCGGUAAAUACUUCAGAGAUGGUCUUGCUGUUGCUUUUGCUAUUGACGGUUUUGGUUCUGGUUUCUUCAUGAGACCUGUUGGUGUGUCUAUUCAGUCUUGUACCAACUACGAGUACAUGGCCACUGUUACUGCCUUGUUUGCUGCUAUUUACAACAUUGGCGGUGCCUGUGCCAACUGUGUUUCCGGUGCCAUUUGGACCCAGAGAAUGUACCCUACUAUAGUCAGCAAGAUGAAGGAGUUGGGAGUUGAUCCAGCCUUGGCCAAACCAGCCUACCAGGCUCCAUACAAGUUUAUUAAAAAGCACGAGUGGGGCACUCCAGCAAGAAGAGCCGUGGUUCUUGCCUAUGCCGAGUUGCAAAGGCAGCUUUGUAUCGUUGCCAUCUGUCUUAUUGUGCCUUUGCUUAUCUUCACCUUGUUGUUGAGAGACCACAAGUUGGACGCUGUCCAGUCUCUUGAGGAUAUUGAAGAUGUGGAAAAAGGUGCUGCUGGUGCCGAAAGAAAGAAGGGAACCGUCAUUUACACCAACGACGACGACCCAAUCUUCAAUCUCUGCAAGAAGCUUGUGGGCAGAGGCCAAAAGUAA